AGUCACUGUUCUUACACUCGGCGAUAUGUACAUAGUUAGUACGGAGGUAUAAAUAUAUACGUAUAUAUUCAGUAAAUAGCUACAUCGUUUUAGAGGUUGUGAAAUACGAAUUUAAUUAACAUUAUGUAAACAUAAACAUAACAAGUAGAGAAAACGAAGUGUUCAUUUACGAAAAAAUAAACAUUCAAAUAGUGUUGUAAUAGUUCACAUAGAGGAUUUACAACACUACGACAGUAAAAAUGGAUAUAGAUAAAUACAAAAAAAUAAUAAAGCAAAGGUUUAACAACGGAACAUUCAAUGUAUGGAAACAUCUAGAAAUAGUUUGGUUAAUGGAAGCCAGCGAAGAGUUUUGCGGUAAAAAAUUAGAAAUUCUUCAACAAUCUAUGAAGGAGCAAUGUUCACUGUAUUUUUCCCAGUACCACGCUUCCCGGUUAGACGAAUUAUGUAUAUUUUUAGAACAUGAUGGAUGGGAGUUGUGUCCAGUGAAAUCUACAUUUACUGCUACUCAAUUGCAAGAGUUCAAGAGUUUAGAAUCGGUUUUAAAUGAUAGUGAAUUGUUAGUUUCGACGAAUACAACAAGUAUAAAAAAUAAAGAUAUCUGGACUAAUUUCGAAAAUUUUCGAAAAUACUUAGAAAGUGAUCUGUCAUUCCUAGAUGCGAAAUUUGACAAUACUAAAGAUGAAGACAUUUUAGCCACAAUCGACGAAAAAACAGUCGAUUAUAUAUCUGAAGAUUCUGAGGAUGAAAUUAAUCAUGAUUCCAUCAUCAACUAUGCUUUUCAUAGACUUUAUACAAAAAAAAAAAUCAAAACAAGAUUAGCUGUUCCAAUGGUGACUAAUACUACUCUUAAUGUACUCAGAGUUUGUGGAAGAUAUUUACAGAUGUCAAAACUACUAACAUCUAUUGCAGUAACUGUGAUUCAAAGUAUGAUUCAGUUUUUCGAGUUAUACCUGUAUUGCAUCAAUUUAUUUUUUUCGUCUGAUUUCAACAUCACUAGCAAAUCAGUAUAUACGUCCAAGCUUAGGUUAACUUUGACACGUAUUGAGAAAAACUUAAUUCGUGAUGGAACAAUAAAUAUGGACGAUGAAACAUUGAAAGUACGAAGACUUAAUUUAUCAUCAGUUGUCGAUCUUCAUAGAGAUGAUAACUUUUUUGGGCUUGCUGAACGAGUUGUUGGAGUCGAAUCACUUAUAUUUUUAGGUCAACAGUAUGAUAACUUACAAAGUUAUUUAAGACGACUGAUUUCAGAAAAUUCCGAAAAAGGAUUCUUAGAUCAAUUCUACACAGAGACUGUAAGAUCUGCAGUUGAUUUGCGAAAACCAGUAUAUAUGGCUGUUGUAUCGAAGUACUUCAAGGAUACCAAUAUUAUAACUCUAAUGAAUCGGGUUAAUUGGGAGAUCAAAGAUGUUAUGUCACAACAUAGUAGUUAUAUCGAUGUACUUCAUCACGACAUUGAAGCUUUUGCGAGAAGUCUUAAUAAUUUAACCCGUUUGAUACCAAUAACAACUGAUGUAAAAUUUGCGUUAUGGGACAAUGUUGCACAUUUAAUUACACAUACGUUAGUUGAAGGUUAUUCAAAUGCAAGAAAAUGUUCAAAUGGUGGACGAGGAUUGAUGCAACUUGAUUAUACACAAUUGAAAUUGAAGUUCGAAUCGAUAACUGGAUUGAGACCGAUGCCUUAUAGUGAAUUUGUUGAAUCCUACGUCAAAGCUUACUACAUUCCGGAGAAUACGCUUCGUGAAUGGAUUAGAUGUCAUAAGGAAUACUCCAGUAAACAACUCAUUGGUUUAGUUUCCUGUAUGUAUCAAAAUAACAAAAAAUCACGGCAAAAGUUUGUGACAUUUAUAGAAGAUCAAUCAAGUCGGUGAUAUUAAACAUCAACAAUGUAUUCAUUUUUAAUACAAAGUAAUUUAUAAAUAUAUUUAUGUACAUCAUGAUUGAGGGAUGAGUAUUAUAUGUGUGAUACUCCCUGUAAAAUGUUCCUAUGAGAAGAAGCUGUUCUCACCAAGUACGAUUGAUAGUACCUUGUCCGUUUUCAUUCUUUGAGUAGCCAACUCUGAUUUGCGAAAUUAUUGUAAAAAAAAGUAUUGAAAUACAGUCAUUUGAAUAAAAUAUA